UGAAGGAGAGGUCUCUCAGUGGAUCGCUUGCCCCCCACCCGCCCCUUUGCCUCCCCGGACUCCGUCUCCGCAAUGUAGGCUGCGGCGGCGUCCCCGCCUGGAUCCUGCGAGGCUGGCGGCCGAGCGGCAGGGGGUGUCUUCGCUGCCUCCGCCUCCUCCGCCUCGCCGCUCCUUUCCCUUUUCUGCGCCCUUCGGGCCAAUCGGCGCAAAACAAAGGCGCGCAGGAGGAGCGGAGGGAGGCCCAUCUCCGCCUGCCCUUCCCUCCCGGGUCAGUGGCUCCGCGCGCCGUAAACAAACGCAGCCCCGGGGUCGCCUCGUGCGCGCUGGAAGGGAGCCCAGGCAGGAUGGCCAAGAGCCGGGCUGCCAACCCAGCGAUGGCCGGGCUCGUCUUGGCGCUCUGGUCCCGCUGCUGCUCCGCGGAUCCUCGGGUGGCUGGUUCUCCGGACGAGUCCCAAGCGCCGGGGCUCAGCCUCCAUCCGCCCUACUUCAACCUGGCGGAGAUCGCCAAGAUUUCGGCGACCGACACCUGCGGCCAGGACGAGAGCGGGAGGCCUCGCCGAGAACUCUUCUGCAAGCUGGUGGGGGGCCCCGCCGCUUUCCCCGCGGGGAAAAACAUCCAGGGCCAGUUUUGUGACUAUUGCGAUGCCGCUGAUCCCAACAAAGCUCACCCAGCAACCAAUGCUAUAGACGGGACAGAGCGCUGGUGGCAAAGUCCUUCUCUCUCCUUAGGUUUAAAGUAUGAUGUGGUCAACAUUACUUUAGAUCUAGGACAGUUCUUUCACGUGGCCUAUGUCCUCAUCAAAUUUGCAAAUUCUCCUCGCCCAGAUCUGUGGGUAUUAGAAAGAUCAACAGACUUUGGAAAAACUUAUAUGCCAUGGCAAUAUUUUGCUUAUUCUAAGCAAGGCUGUUGGGAACGUUUUGGGAAGGAAGCGAAUGCCCGUGUUAGAAAAGAUGAUGAUGUCAUUUGCACUACAGAAUAUUCUCGGAUUGUGCCUUUAGAAAAUGGAGAGAUUGUGAUAUCCUUGGUAAACGGUCGUCCAGGAGCAAAUAACUUCACCCAUUCUCCUAUACUUAGAGAAUUUACUAAAGCAACAAAUAUUCGUUUACAUUUCCUCAGAACCAAUACCCUUCUUGGGCACUUGAUAUCUAAAGCUCAACGGGAUCCCACAGUGACGCGCAGAUAUUACUACAGCAUAAAAGACAUCAGUGUUGGUGGACAGUGUGUUUGUAAUGGACAUGCAGAUAUCUGUGAUGCCGAAAGGGACAUAAAUUCAUACAGGUACCGAUGUGAAUGUCAGCACAACACUUGUGGAGAAACCUGCAAUCAUUGCUGCCCUGGAUAUAACCAGAAACAAUGGCAACCUGCAACAACCAGCAGUACAAAUGCUUGUGAACCCUGCAACUGCCAUGGACAUGCCAUGGACUGCUAUUAUGAUCCUGAAGUUGAGCAACGUAAAGAGAGCUUAAAUAUUUAUGAACAGUAUCAAGGUGGAGGGGUCUGCAUCAACUGUCAGCACAACACAGCCGGUGUAAACUGUGAGAAAUGCUUGAAGGGCUUCUACCGUCCUUAUGGUGUUCCAGUGACAGCAACGUAUGGAUGUAUACCCUGCAGCUGUAACUCAGAACAUUCUGAUGGCUGUGAGGAAGGAUCUGGUCGCUGUUACUGCAAGUUGAAUUAUCAGGGUGAGACCUGUGACCGGUGCGCUGAAGGAUACCAUAGCUUCCCCUUCUGCUAUGGGAAUCCUGUUUAUCCUGUUACUCCAAGUCCAGAAGACCCUUCAGCUGGUCAUAUAGCUGGAGGCUGCAAGCCAGGAUUUUUUGGGCCACGUUGUCAACCUUGCCAGUGCCAUGGCUCAGGUGCACUAGGUGAUCGUGAAUGCGACAGACGAACAGGACAGUGCCGAUGCCGUGAAGGAUUUCAAGGAAUUGCCUGUGAUAGCUGUGCUGUAGGCUAUUUCCAGUACCCUUUCUGUCAAAUGUGUGAGUGCAAUUUAGCUGGCACCCUCCCUGAAAUAUGUGACUUCCUUGGAAGAUGCCUUUGCCGUGUUGGCGUAGAUGGCUUUCAGUGCAACGCCUGCCAGCCUGGAUAUUAUUCUUUCCCCUUCUGUCAAGAAUGCAACUGUGAUACAUCUGGGUCUGUGAGCAACGUGUGUGGCUCUUUGGGACAUUGUCAUUGCUAUACAAACUAUGCUGGGCCAAAAUGCAGCCAGUGUGCUCCUGGCUACUAUAGCUAUCCCAAUUGUUUGCCUUGUCAGUGCUCGACCCAUGGCUCCUACCAGGGCGCAUGUGAUGCAGCCACAGGCCAGUGUGAGUGUCAACCAGGCUUUACAGGACAACAGUGUCACAGAUGUGUCUCAGCAGCCAACAGUUUUCCUCAUUGCCAAGGAAACAGCAACGAAUGUGACCCAGCAGGAACCAUGGAUUCUUAUUCUGACGAUUGCCGGUGUCUGCAAAAUGUAGAAGGUCCAACCUGUAGCAUCUGCAAACCACUUUACUGGCAUCUGGCCAGAGAAAACCCGUAUGGAUGCAUAGAGUGCCAGUGUGAGGCAUCUGGAACACUGAGUGGACUCAGAGAGUGUCGGCAGGUGGAUGGUGAAUGUUACUGCAAGCCUAACGUUUGUGGAGAUUCGUGUGAUACUUGUGAAGAUGGUUAUUACGGCCUAGAAGACAAUAAUUAUUUUGGAUGUCAAGGGUGCAAAUGCGACGUGGGAGGGGCCAUAAGCCGUGUGUGCGAUGAUCUGUCGGGUGAUUGCCAGUGCAGAAGGCACAUGGUUGGAAAAUCCUGCAAUGAGCCUGAAAAGGACUACUACUUACCUGAUUUACAUCACAUGAAGUUUGAAGUUGAAGACGGUACAUCUCCUAAUGGAAGAGGAAUCCGGUUUGGUUAUGAUCUUCAAGAAUUUCCUGGCUUUAGCUGGCGAGGUUAUGCACAGAUGUCCUCAGUACAAAAUGAAGUAAGGAUAACUCUGAACGUGGAGAAAUCAAACCUCUGUUUAUUUCGUGUUAUCUUGAGGUAUAUUAAUCCUGGAACUGCUGCGGUAUCUGGCCACAUAAUCGCUUAUUCUCGGCUUCGUAAAGGGACUCCUCAGAGCAAAGGUGUUGUCUUCCCGCCCAGUAAAGAACCUGCUUUUGUCACUGUCCCAGGGAAGAGCUUUGCAGAUGCAUUUUCACUGACUCCUGGAACCUGGAUUUUUAAAAUCAUGGCAGAGGGAGUCCUUUUGGAUUACCUGGUGCUCUUGCCUAGCGACUACUAUGAAGCCCCCAUCCUGCAGAUACCAGUUACAGAGGCUUGCACAUAUUCAGGACAGGCAGUGACAGAUAAUUGUUUACAGUAUGAGCACCUGCCACUGGAUAGAUUUUGCUGUGUGCUUGGUUCAGAAGUCAGAGUUUCCUUGAACAGAAGAGAGUACAGGAACGUAGCUUCCCAACAGCCAACAGCCAAACAUCCCGUAAUGUCUCAUAUCACUGGUCAAGAGGUGGAUCUGCAGAUAAGGCUGACAGUUCCCCAAGUUGGCCGCUAUGUCGUAGUCCUUGAGUAUGCUAAUGAACAUGAUCGAGUAUAUGUCGGCAAUGUGAAUAUUGACACCCCCGGGAAUGUGAUGGAGGCAAAAAUCAAUAUAUAUAGCUGCAAAUACAGCUUUCUAUGCCGCAGUGUCGUGCUUGAUGAAAUGCACCGAGUUGCAGCUUAUGACCUUCUGGCUGAUGCAAACUUCCAUCUCAGGGCUUCAGCAAUAGAUUUUCUCCUACAUAAAGUUUGCCUUAUUCCUCUGGAAGAUUUUUCUAUAGAGUACUUGGAACCUAAAGUAUAUUGCGUUGCCACUUCUGGCCAUUCAGCUGAUCCAAGUGCUUCAUGCCUCCCCUCACAAUAUGAAACUCCUCCUUCAGCCGUGGUCUUGGAUGCUCUGAGGGAUGGGCAAGUUGCAGAAGUGCAAAGAAAUGGGAUAUACCAGGAGUCACUGAGUUCUCCUUUGCCAUCUGUUCAUACAGCUAAUGGAGUAACUUUGACUUCUUUACAGAACCAAAUUACUCUGCAUGGGAGAGUGCCGCAUUUGGGCAGAUACGUGUUUGUCAUACAGUUUUACCAGCCGGAGGUCCCAACAUUUCCUGUACACGUGACUGUAGAUGGAGGACAACUCUGGUCAGGGUCUUAUAAUGCUUCAUUUUGUCCGCAUAUUGCUGGAUGCCGAGGUUUGGUGAUGGCAGAAAAUCGAAUUGAACUUGACAUCCCUCAGCACGAUAUCUCAGUCACUGUGAAAAUUCCUAAUGGAAAAAUGCUUGUGUUGGAACGUGUCCUGGCUGUUCCAGCAGACAGCUACAGUUAUAGACUUCUUCAGAAAGAUACUGUGGACAAGUCAUUUGAUUUCAUCUAUCAUUGUGGUGGGAACAGUUUUUACAUUAACCCUGCCACUUCCUCCGAAUUCUGUAGAACGUCUGCAAGGUCACUUGUAGCUGCCUACAAUGAUGGAGCACUGCCUUGUAAUUGCCACAGAAAUGGGGCCACCAGUCGCACUUGCGACCCUGUGGGAGGGCAGUGCAAUUGCAGACAGCACAUCAUUGGCCGCCAGUGUAGCAGGUGUCAAACAGGCUAUUACGGAUUUCCCUUUUGCAAACCAUGCAGUUGCGGGCGGCGACUUUGUGAUGACAUCACUGGAAAGUGUAUUUGUCCUCCUCAAACCGUUAAGCCCAGAUGUGAAGUGUGUGUGAGGCAGCACUUCGGCUAUCACCCCCUUACUGGCUGCGAGGGCUGCAAUUGCUCCAGGAAAGGCAUUAUUAAUCCGGGAAAUGCUGAAUGUGAUAAAAUUGUUGGGCAGUGCAAAUGCCGCAUAGGAAUAACUGGUCGACGGUGCGAUCGAUGUGCUUCUGGUUCCUAUGGUUUUCCAAACUGCAAACCCUGCGAAUGUAACAGAGAAGGAACAGAGCCAGAUGUUUGUCAUCCACAGACAGGAGUUUGCCUCUGUAAGGAGAAUGUUGAAGGUAUUCAGUGUGACAUGUGCCGCCCUGGGUCGUUUUAUUUGGACUCUGCUAACCCGAAGGGUUGCACCAAUUGCUUUUGUUUCGGAGCAACCAAUAUUUGUCGCAGCACAAAUAAACGUAGGGUUAAGUCUGUUGAUAUGAGGAACUGGCACCUAGAAGCUGUGGAUAAUGGCAUGAGCAUCCCUGUAACUUUCAAUCCAGGCAGCAACAGUGUCGUUGCUGAUGUUCAAGAACUGCCUCCCUCUGUGCACAAUUUAUACUGGGUAGCACCACCAUCUUACUUGGGAGAAAAGCUUUCUUCAUAUGGCGGCUACUUGAGCUAUCAAGUUAAAUCCUUUGGCUUGCCUAGCGAAGGCAUGACUCUACUGGAAAAAAGGCCCGAUCUGCAGCUUACUGGUCACCAAAUGAAAUUAAUCUAUGUGGAUCCUAACAAUCCUUUGCCCGACAAACAGUAUUAUGGAUCAGUUCGGCUACUUGAGGGAAACUUCAGACAUGCAAGCAGCAAUAGCUUGGUAUCUCGAGAGGAACUGAUGAUGGUCCUGUCUAGACUGGAUGGAUUACGAAUCAGAGGACUUUACUUCACAGAAUCUCAGCGGUUAACCUUGGGCGAGGUCGGUCUGGAAGAAGUCUCCAAUGCAGGAAAUGGCAUCGUUGCUUUUGAUGUAGAGACAUGCUCCUGCCCUCCUGAAUAUAUGGGUGAUUCAUGUCAGGAAUGCAGCCCAGGAUUCUACCGUGAGAACAGUGGCCUAUUAACAGGACGGUGUGUUCCUUGCAAUUGUCACGGAAAUGCAAAUAGAUGCCUGGAUGGUUCUGGAAUUUGUAUUAAUUGUCAGCAUAAUACUGCUGGCGAGAAGUGUGAACGCUGUAAAGAAGGCUAUUUUGGAGAUGCCACGCAAAGAACCUGCAGGGCUUGUCGCUGUCCUUUUACAAGCAGUUUUGCUAAUGGAUGCGUGGAAAAUGGUGGAGAAAUUCAGUGUUUCUGCAAAGAAGGUUAUACUGGAAUGCACUGUGAGAGCUGUGCUCCUGGUUACUUUGGAAACCCACUCAAAUAUGGAGGUUACUGUCAGAAGUGCAACUGCCCUGAUAAUGGUCAGCUCAUGACCUGUGAGCGCCUGACUGGGGAAUGCAUAAGCCAAGAACCAAAAGAUAUAGAUCCUCAAGAAGAUUGCGACUCCUGUGAUAGCUGUGUAAUUACUUUGCUGAAGGAUUUGAGUACAAUGGGGGACGAGCUCCGUCUGAUUAAGUCUCAGAUGCAAAACGUCAAUGCCAGUGCCCACACAUUGGGGCAGAUGAAGCAUCUGGAAGACCGCAUCAAGGAACUGAAGAUUCUGUUGAGCCGCUAUCGUACCGUUAUUACGACUCACGGCCCAAAAGUGGAUGAACUGGAGACAGACCUGCUCGACCUUAACCAAAAUGUUAAUGCUCUAAAAGAAAAGGCUGAAAGCAAUUACAAGAAAGCAGAGACACUGUUCAACAAAUUUAGUAAGACUAAUGAAAGGGGGAAAGACUUGAUUUCAAAGAUACAAAGUGUUGCCACCAAUAUUAACGUUCUCCUGGAUCAGAUAACUGGUACUUCUACAGCAGUAACUCCUUCAGCUUCAGGAGAUGGUGCCAAAGAGCUGGCUCAAGCUCAGCGAAUGAUUAACGAGAUGAGAAACCGCAAUUUUGAGCAACAACUAACAGAAGCAGAAAAGGAGAAAAGAGAAGCCCAGCUUUUGCUGGAGCGUGUAAGGACUGAACUACAAAAGCACCAAGCAAAAAACCAGGGACUUAUUAAAACUAUAAGAGAGUCAUUAAAUGAGUAUGAAUCCAAGCUCGAAGAUCUUCGGAUAUCUUUGAAUGAAGCAAAAGAGCAAACAAAGCAGGCUGAAAAUUUAAAUGGAAAUAAUCAACUCCUUUUGGAAGAUGUUAAGAAACGGAUUGAUGCAAUGACUAAACAACAGACUGGCAUCUUGGAUCUUCUGAGCUCUGCUGAAGCAUCAUUGUCUCAAGCAAACAGUGUGUUUGGCUUGCUGCAGAAGAGCAAAGAGGAAUAUGAAAACUUAGCUGCCCAGCUGGAUGGCGCGAGGAAGGACCUAAGUGAAAAACUGAAGAGCCAGUCUUUAUCGGCCAGCAAGGAACCUCUAGUAGUGAGAGCAGAAGAGCAUGCCAACUUUUUACAAGACCUGGCAAGAAAACUGGAUGAGAUCAAGAAAAACGUCAGCGAUGACGAGCUGGUGUCCUGUUCUGUGGCAGCAGCUACUGCCUACGAUGACAUUAUUGAUGCCAUCAAAGCAGCAGAGGUUGCUGCCAACAGUGCAUCCAGUGCUGCAGACUCAGCUUUAUCAACAGUGGAGAGAAAAGACCUAGCUGGAAGUGCCAAGAGACUGAAGACCAACAGCGGCAAUCUGUUAAAUCAAGCACAGGCUGCAGAAAAGACCUUACAGGAUAUCAGUCCCACUCUUGAUGACUUAAAGAGCAGACUUGAGGUUGCCGAGCACAAGAAAAAUGUGAUAAAGGCAAAUCUUACAAGCUUUCAAAACAACCUUCAGGGGAUAAAUAGAGAUGACACAGACGGCUUGAUUACAAGCGCAAAGAACAUGGUCAAAAAUGCCAAUGACAUUACUGCUAAUGUUCUCACGGAACUGAACCCAAUUAAAGAAGAUGUGGAAAAGAUAAAGAUUUCCUAUGGAAGCACACAGAGCUCUAACUAUAACAAGGCUUUGAAUGAUGCAAACAAUACAGUAAAGAACUUGACAAACAUCCUCCCAGAUCUGUUUAACAAGAUUACACGCAUCAAUGAACAACUUAUGCCAAUAGCUAACAUAUCGGAGAAUAUAAACCGCAUCAGAGAGCUCAUCCAGCAAGCAAGAGAUGCUGCUAACAAGGUUGCUGUUCCCAUGAGGUUCAAUGGCAGUUCUGGGGUUGAGGUCCGGCCUCCAGAUAACCUUGAUGACUUGAAAGGCUAUACUUCUCUUUCUUUGUAUCUGCAAAGGCCUCUCUCACGAUUGGACAGCCCACGGCGGCAGACGUCCAACAUGUUUGUCAUGUACUUGGGUGACAAGGAUAGUUCCAAGGACUACAUAGGCAUGGCUGUCCGCGAUGGCCGUCUCAUUUGUGCCUAUAGUUUAGGAGGCGAUGAAGCCGAAAUACGGGUGCCUGAAUCGGUGUUUGAAAGCGAUACCAAGGAUGCAAUUUUGGAUCGUGUGCAGUUUGAAAGGAUUUACCAGUAUGCAAAACUGAAUUACAUUCAAGGUGCAACCUCUCCUUCACCAUCAAGCUUUGGGCCUUUUGAUGACAGCAGUGGAAACAGCCAUACUCUUCUCAACCUGGAUCCUGAGAAUGUGGUCUUCUAUGUUGGAGGAUAUCCGUCAGAUUUUAUACUUCCCAGUACGCUAAACUACUCUCCUUAUGAAGGCUGCAUUGAACUGGAUAGCUUGAACGAGAGAGUUAUCAGCCUGUACAAUUUCAAGAGGAGUUUUAAUCUUGAUACCAGUGAAGUACAACCAUGCAGAAGAUAUAAAGAACAGUCUUCCAGACUUUAUUUUGAAGGCACAGGUUAUGCACAUGUUGACGUAACUUCACCAACUAGCGCUUUUCGACGAUAUGAGCAAACCAUUCAGACUACUACAGAUGAUGGAAUUGUGUUUUUUGCAAGUAAUCAGGACAAGUUCAUUUGUUUGAGGAUUGAAAAAGGCCAGCUGGUACUCAGGUAUAAAGUUGAUUCACAGCCUCCAAAAGAAGCAAAGAGCCAAGUGGUCAUAAACAACGGAAUGGAUCAAAUAGUUCUUUUACUCAUUGGCCCACAAAUAGUUGCUUUCGGCAGGCCUAGAGAACAAGUUAACAUAAGUAUGUUUCCGUUCAAUUCAUAUUACCUCGGUGGAAUCCCAGCCUCUAUAAGAGAACGUUUUAAUAUAUCGACACCUCCAUUUCGUGGGUGCAUGAAGAAUGUAAAAACUUCUUUUGAGUCUUCUCCUACCAUCUCUGAGAUGCUUGGUGUCAGCAAAAAUUGUCCCGAAGACUGGAAGCUUGUGAGAGCUGCGACUUUUUCUAAGAAUGGAGUACUUGAUUUGAGUGAUGAUGGUUUUCCAUUUCCUAACGACUUCCAAAUUGGAUUUGGCUUUCACACAUUGGCCCUUGAUGGAACAUUGCUAUAUUACAAUUUACGGCCUGAUGUGCUUACUGUGCUCCUGAGAAAUGGCUUUGUCAUCGUAAAGUUAGCUGAUGAAGAAGGUCAGUCUAGCAAGAGAUAUGAAGAUGGCUCAAUGCAUUAUGUAACAGUGAUGAAAGAGGGUGACACGCUUAAGAUGCUAGUUGAUGAUGUGCCUGAGUCAACAAUCGUUGGAACCCUUGGAAGGAAAACAAUGAGUCGGCCAAUAGAGUUGGGUGGGAAUGAUUUUGAAGGAUGCAUUUCCAAUGUCUUUAUACAAAGAUCAGAUCGGCUUCCUCAAGUACAAAACCUAACUGAUAACACUAAGAAGAUUGAUGUAUCCUUAGGAUCCUGUAUGAUAAAGAAACAACCCAAGCUGAUGCUGCUGAAAGACCUGGAUGAUGUGGACCAUCCAAGGUUUCUAAAGAGGAAAAAAACCAUUGCCUAUUUGACAGAUGGAAGUAUGCAGCAAAACAACAAGGGCUGUCCUUUACAUGCUCAGUUAAAUUUUGUCACUGGAGCAUAUCAUUUUGGCAAUACUCCUGACACUCAUUUGUUGUUUACAACAUCUCAAGCAUCAUCAAGAGACAGGUCCCAUUUUGCUGUGGACGUUCGUACAUCAUCAUCUAGAGGAUUGAUCUUCUUCAUGGGAGACAAGCUGGGGAACAGCUACACAGCUCUUUUCCUUUCAAAAGGGCGCUUUGUGCUUUUACUUGCUGCUGAUGGAAGGAAGAUAAAAAUCAAAAGCAAAGCUAAAUACAAUGAUGGACAGUGGCAUACUGUGGUGUUCAGCAGAGCUGGAAAGAGAGUACGACUUGUUGUUGAUGGUCUGAAAGCUCGGGAAGUAAACACAGAACCUUCCUUCUCUGCCAUGACUGAGUCACCGAUCUACCUAGGAGGGGUUCCUUCAUUGAAAAUUCAGAGUAUACCGAGAAAGAGUUUUGCAGGUUGCCUGAGAAACUUUAAUGUGGAAGGAAAGCACAUGCGUACAUACCAUCAGAACAGCAGCGUUCUGCCUUGCUUGGAUAAUGUUUUGGAGAAUGGGAUCUCUUUCUUCAACGAAGGGGGGCAUAUUGUCAUCGAAAAUGCUUUUUCAUUGAGCUUGGACUAUAGGAUUGUAUUUAACAUUCGUUCAAGAAGCUUGAAUGGCAUUUUAAUUCAUACUGGCAGCAAACAAAGGAACUAUUUAACUGUGUACAUGGAAGGAGGCAUGCUCACUGCCUCUGGUAAUAAUGGCGCUGGAGAGUUCUCAACGUCAGUCACUCCUCGGCAGUCUCUGUGUGAUGGGAAAUGGCACUCCGUAGCAGUAACUCGGAAACAGAACAUUGUGUACCUCGAAGUAGAUAGAAAGAGUAACUCCACCACUGGACCAUCAGCUAUGCUCUCCACCAGCCAUGCUCAACCACUUUAUUUUGGGAGAGUUCCAGUAAAUUUGGCAACACCGUGGCUUCCUGUUCAGGACGUGUUCCUUGGCUGUCUGAAGGGUGUUUCAAUUAAUGACAAACCUGUUUUAGUGAGCAAAAUUUCAGAUGUUCAUGGUGUUGUCAGCUUGCAAGGGUGCCCUGUCAAUUAAAUUCCCCAUGUAUCUCCUCAGGAUGAAAUCUCCUUAAUGUACUGUAUGAAUGCCACAAUAUGUUUUCAUCUCUUCUAAACUGUGUGUUAUUCUUGCCACUUAUUUCUAACAUGGUUUAAGGAUGUAUAUAUUUUUCAGAAUUGUGGUCUGGGCCACCAUUGUUAGAUGCUUUGAUAUUUUGUUUGGCUUUUGCUGUGUACAAUUCAUUCUAUAUGAUAAAGCCACGUGAAAUACAAAAUGCUGUUGUACAUAAUACAAUCAGGUGAGACUCUGUUCUCAGCCACAGUUGUGCAUAACUAGAACACUUGUAUUGACAUAAGAGGCCAGUCCUGAGGCACCUGACAUGACAAGCACUACCCAAAUUAGAAAUGAAAAAUAUUUGGAUUACAACCAGAAUCUGACCUUGUUGGCAGAAUUUUAUAAAAAAUAGACAAUUAUGUUGGGUUGCUGAAUCAGCUCUUUCUUAUAAGUGUGCAUUUGACAAAAAUAAUAUAAACCUGAAUAUGAAGCACUUUAAAAGAAUGGAAUCCAAGAAGUUACAGUUUUAAGAGUUCUAUGGCCAAAUAAAUGCAAUUUGCUUUUAAAAAAAAUCUGUA